AUGAGUAGGAGGCUGACUGAAUACGGUCUGACAAAUACUGUGGAGGCAGCUCGGCUUGAGGAGAGUGGAGCGCUGGCAAAUAUGAAGCUACCUGCGAGAAUGUUGAAGAGGCCUCGAGAGAUUCGUCCCGUGUUGAUGACUCUUUCGAAGCGGAACACUAUAACCAUGCAUCGCCAAUGGAAAAUGGAGACAGAGUCGCGUGCCAACGGUGAACCUACUUCCAAUAGUGGCGAGCUUGACCGAUACUUGGACGAAAGGUUGCAGAUCAACGUGACGGCAGGCGAAUCCGUACCCACAAUCAGCUUCCAAGCGGUGGAGGAAAACACCAUCGAAUUGCUAGUUGUGGUGACUAGAAAGAUGCACCUCAUUCUCAAAGGCCGUCUCACAGAGUAUCUGGUCUCAACAUUUGGCGCCGUGGCCCAAAACUUCAAACACCCCAGCCUUAAAGCGUCGGUCAAAAUCAAUAUUGUGGACAUACUUCUUCUGAAUUCCAAUUUUGCACUACGUGAAGGCCUCGAAGACUGGUCAAAUAAAAAUCACGAGGAAGUGAUGGGUAAAUUUUGCCAUUGGAUAAAUAGGAUUAGAAGACCGACAAUGAAUUGGGACUCGGCUAUUCUCCUCAAUGUUGGGAACUUUAAGACAACUGCACUUGGCGUUGCUCACUACCAAGCCAUAUGUAGUCGGGAGAGCAGUUGCCUUGUUGUUGUUGAUAGAGGCUUUGGAACAGCCGAUAUCAUUGCCCACGAAAUUGGUCAUCAACUGGGAGCUAAGCAUGACUUUGAAGUGGGAUCUGAGUGUGGCCUAGAGGAACAACCGGGUCGCAAGAGGGCAGUCCAAAAUCUUAGUCGUCGAACUCCCGACACCGACGACCUGACAAUUCAACGUGAUACCAUCAUGUCUGGUAUUCUCUACUUUGAACUCUACCCUUUCCGAUGGUCUGCCUGCAGUCGGGAGAACAUUAAAUUUUUCCUCUCUCGUCCUGACUCUGCCUGUUUACGGACCCAAAACUCGCAGAAGACCGCUUUUACAUCAAAACAGUUGACACAACAUAUGGAACAGCACAAACCAGGAUUACGUUUCACUCUGACCGAACAAUGCGCCCUGGCACUGAGACAACGCGGGGCCCCAUUUUGUGGACACAGUUCUCCUGUGUGCAAGCAACUGCAUUGCUACGACGUACAACGUGAAAUGUGUCUUCCGGUUGAAGCGCCCUGGGCCGAGGGCUCCCGAUGUGGUUACAAAAGGUGGUGUGUAAUGGGACAGUGUCUGCUCCAAGGGGAGGUCAUUUUACCAAUCGACGGCGGUUGGAGCAGCUGGGAGGAGUGGGGGAGCUGCUCGCGAUCCUGCGGUGGAGGGGUGCAGUUCUCACGACGCGAGUGUACCAGCCCUGAACCUCAAAAUGGCGGUGAACACUGCCUUGGAACAAACGUUCGUGUCCGGUCCUGCAACGUUCAGGAUUGUCCUGAUUCAGUGGAUCUACGUCAAAAACUCUGUGACAAUGUAGGGCAAAAGCUUAAUAAACACCUGCAAGCUUUCAGACCAAGCAUUGGAGGUGCAAAUGCCUGUAAACUUGUCUGCCUCGACGGUACUAAGGAGGUUGCACACAACGAAAGCCUUCCGGAUGGAGCCCCUUGUUACGCACAUGGAACUGACAUCUGUAUCAAGGGGAGAUGCUGGCAAGCAGGUUGCGACAAGAUUCUUGGUUCGCGAAUGAAAAGGGACAACUGCAAUGUAUGUGGCGGCGAUAACAGUACCUGCUUUGCAGUCAACGGCGAAUUCCGCCACUCAGAUGCACUUGCCCCUGGUGCGAAACCUGUCGGAUUGACCGUUGCUGUGCACAUCCCUCAAGGGGUUACAAACGCCUAUAUCAAAAAGGUUUCAAGAAGGUCCACACCCUAUUCAGCAGACGCGUACGACGACUUUAUGCUACUAAUAUUCGAAGAGCUUAAGACUCGCAUCCGUCGAGGCGAAACACGGGAGCCUUUCGCGGGAGCGGAGCUCUAUUACAGCGGCAGUCGAGGAAAGGAAGAAAUUGUGCAUAUCAAGGGCCAAAUCAAUAAAAAUGUCAACAUUUUGAUUGGCAAUCGCCUAUACUCAGUUACCUCAGUGAUCCGAAUCUUUGCAGACGCCAUAAUACGAGUUGAAAAUAAGAACACCGAGCUUCCGCUUCCAGACGUGAAAUACACCUACUAUGUGAGCAAAGAUGCUGGCGAUCGCCUGCGCUUCGACCCUUUGAGUUCAGCUGAGCAUCACUACAACGACCCUUUGUUGCGAUUUCUCCGAUCGCCUCGCAAAGAAGCCCCACUCGACGAUACCAACGAGGAAGGUGUUGAAAAACUCUCUCCUCUAGGGCCAUCAAGGACUGGACACCCACCGCACACCACCAAAGAGCCCAUGGGCUUCGAAUGGAAGAUGGAUGAAAUUCCCAAGGAAUGUACGAGUUGCUCAGGUACUGUACAGAGUCACGCCUCCUGUUACCCCAUGUUCAGCAGUCAGGAGGCCGCGAAGCGUUAUGGAAUGCAUCCGCUCCGCCCUCUACCACCACGUUACUGUGGCGAAAGUUUGAGACCGGCGCCGGUGACACGUAACUGCGCUGACUACUGUGGAGUACGGUGGUCAUGGCGAGAGGUAAACGCCUCAGACUACACGGUCGCCCGAUCCACCUGCUCUGUGCGAUGUGGCGAGGGCGUUGCGGAGGCGCGCUUUACCGCUAUCUGCGAGGAGAAAGUUCACGAUAAGGACACAUCUCACACCAUUUGGCGUGAAAGUCCUCUCGGUGCUUAUGCUUGCAUCAAAGCCGAAAUUGGUGAACCUCCCGAGGAUAAAGUGGUGACCAACCGUUGCACAGGGGAUUGUAGACCUCUUCAAUGGGUCUUUUCUGACUGGGAUAAGUGUUCGCAACGCUGUGGUUCCGGAACAAAACAGCGCAGUGUGACGUGUGUGGAUGACGCAGGCAACCAUUGGCCACUUGCUGAGUGCCUGAAGCACAUUCCGUUAACCACGAUGGGUGAAAUUGAUGGAGUGGAUGAAUAUGUGGGAACUGAAUCAGAAGAAUGCUUUGAAGUGGAUGCCUGUGGAGGUCAGUUAACGUGGGUCGCAACUCCGUGGUCUGAAUGUCGCUCCACAGCCUCAUACAUGGAUAAGAGCGGCCUAUGUCGUUCUGAGCUGAAACGCCAUCUUGACGGUGAUAACCAAGGUCUGCCUAGCAGUUCUGCCUUCAUUGGCUUUCAGACACGAACUAGCAAGUGUGUUAUGCACUUCACCUCUGACGAGAGGGUCAACUUUGAGGUUCCACAACAUUUCUGCGAGCGUGCACACGCCCCAAAGCCUCUCGAGCAGCAAGCCUGCACCGUAGAAUUCACCUGCUACCGUUGGACAACCGUUCAGUUUUCACAGGCGAGUUCAAUAUCCACAUACCAAUUAAUAGGUCAACGUAUAGGACACCUCUCCUGCGAGCAGAUCAGCAUUUCACGAAAUGAAAGACCAACCGUGACGCCCAUGGAUGAGACCAGUUGCCUUUCUCACCUAGGCUCCAACGUCUCCCUUCAACUCGAUAGUCGACGGGAGGAUCCGACAGUUUACAUAGUCGAGCGUGGCUCUUCGGAAGAGCGUGAGAUCCUCCAGCGUGCGCCUUACCUCCGCCCUCUUCCUUUCACCCCUGGCAAGCCUCUCUUUCUAACCUGCUCCAAUCCGCCCUGUCAAAGUCGCAAUCUCGAAUGGGUGGCCGGUGAAUGGUCUAUGUGCUCUGCAACUUGCGGCGUUGGCUAUCAACGCCGCUCCCUCCGAUGCCUGCUGGUUGAGCGACACGCCGGUUCCCCUUCAAAGUCGGAGGUGGUGGGGUUAGAAAAACCGGAGUCGGAGUGCAUCGCCAGAGGACUUGUCAGACCGGCAGACAUGCAGCUGUGCAUCUGCGAGUCUGGCACACAGGAACGGCAAAUUCGAUGUGUUCGACAGAAGAACCUCUACACGACUUCCCCUGAAAGCGUCAUGUGGAGUAGCUUUGAAGUCCAUCCCAACGUGAGCAGUAUAGUAAUCGAGCAGGAGGUGAAUUCAGACGAGUGUGAGCUCCAGGUGAAACCUGCGGAAAAACGCGCCUGCCUUUUGACUUCUGAGUGUCCCUUCUGGUACCAAGGGCCAUGGUCAUCUUGUUCAUCAACCUGUGGGGCGGGUAGAAGGUUUAGACAUGUGGACUGUCGAUUUCCUAACGGCACGGUGCUCUACGCUAUCGGAAGGUCAUCACGCGAUCGCAAUAUACUUAAACUGCCGUCCAGAAGAAGACGCAAUCACAUUGCUGCAUCUAAAGAAUAUCUAAGUACAUUAAGAUGCUUAGAACCCCACCCUGUUGAUAGGACAGAGUGCUUGCUCAGGCCAUGCCAAGAAGAUAGACCCUUUUGGUGGCCAGUCGUCUCGUCGACCUGUAACACCAAUGGUUGCAAUCGUGGCUAUCAGCAAAGGGAGCUGCAGUGCCUCGCACCCUCUUUUCAACCAGUUGACCCCAAGGAGUGUGCCUACUCUCGAAAACCCCUCAACGUAAUUCCUUGCACUUUACAAGAAUGUAAGACCUACCGUUGGCGCACGGAUACCUGGACUAGAUGUCCCUACGUGUGUGGAAAGCACUCAAGGUACAGGAAUGUUCGCUGUGUGGAUGAUCUUGGUGAAGAGUACGCCGACCACCUCUGCCAGACUCAUUUGCGUCCUGACUCUUGGAGUGUCUGUCCCGAUGCCUGUCCAGAUCUUCCGAUCAGUUGCUGGGAUCAGAAACAGCGCCACCCCUCUUCGUCUGACGGCCUGUAUGAGCUCGCUGUACAUAACCAAGUGGUCAAAAUAUACUGUAGUGACAUGGAGUCAUCCUAUCCUCGUGAAUACCUUCCGCUUCUCUAUCUAAAUUAUGCAUCCAUCCGACAUUUUGAAGAGGAGGACGAAAGAAAUUGCUCAUCAGCAAAUGUCUACCACAAUGGGAAAGUGACGGAUACCAAUGAGACCGCCAACACGACUUUCGAAAUUCGGUUGCCCAAGCUACAUGAAAUCCCGCCAGCCAGCAUUACCGUCUUCAGAAAACUACGUAUCAACCUCAAUUCCUUAUAUGUUGACAUAUUUGAUGGACGGUUCAGUGAAACGUUGGGAACCCGAUUUGUCCCUUACGCAUCUGCGAAGUCCUGCUCACGAGGCACUUGUCAGCUAGGAAAAUUCCUGAUAAACCUCAAGGGAACUGGUUUUAUUGUUUCAAAAGAAACGCAAUGGCGAGCAUCCCGACCAGAGGCAUUUGGACAUAUAGCACGCACUAGGGGCUCAACGAUUGUUAUGGGUUCCUGCGGCGGUGACUGUGGCGGUUGUUGGCCUGACCCGUUGCUGAAGCUCGAAGCAGCAGAUGCAGCAGAAAGGUGA